GCUCCUUCCCCGCCGCGGUGCGGCCGCAGGUUCCGCAGGCGCCCCUCGUUCCCGUGCGCAGGGGCUGCGCUGCCGAGCGGGGCCGGGCGGGCGGGUGGGCAUGGCGAGGGCGCCCGGCGCUGGCGCUCCAGUGCCGGGGUCUCUGGCGCGGCCCGUCCCCGGCGGCGGCGGCGGCGGCGGAGUGAGCGCGCGCACGUGACCGGCCCCGGCCCCUCGGUGCCGCCGCGAACGGCCGCGCUCGCACGCUCCGACACACGCGGUACCCGCGCCUCCAUCCCUCCACCCGGCCCUCCAUCCAUCCAGCCGGCCAGCCCCGCUCCCCCGCACGCACAGCGCCGGCCGCCGCCAGCGCGAAGCUGUCGGCACCGCUCCGCGGGGGCAGCGCCGGCGGCGGCAGCGACCGCGCAAGAGGCGAGAGUUUGCGAGGGCUGCUCGCGCCUUCCCGAAGAGGUUUUGCGCCCAGAGGAUGGCUGGCUGCGGGCUGUCGGAAGACGCUUGCUUCUCCUCCUUCUUUUACAACUACACCUCCUCCUGGGAGACCUCCUACAACCAGUGUGCUGCUCUGGUUGGUGAAGACCAGCCUCUUUGCCCAGAUCUCCCAGAACUUGACCUCUCUGAACUAGAUGUGAACGACCUGGAUGCAGACAGCUUUCUGGGGGGACUCAAGUGGUACAGCGACCAGUCAGAGAUCAUCUCCAAUCAGUACAGCAAUGAACCCGCCAAUAUAUUCGAGAACUGUGCUGGGAAGGACUAUUUGGCUAUGUCCUGUACAGACACAAAUGAUUUCCAGGAAUCUGCGCUCCACUGCAACUGGAAUCAUGUCAGGGUGUCCACAUUGAAACUAGAUGAAGAGAGUGAGGCAAAUUUGCUAGCUGUUCUCACAGAAACACUGGACAGCAUCCCUGUGGAUGAGGAUGGAUUGCCUUCCUUUGAUGCACUGACAGAUGGAGAUGUGACCAACGAAAAUGCCGCUAGCCCCUCCCCAGUGCCCGACGGCGCCCCUCCAACUCAGGAGGCAGAAGAGCCGUCUCUACUUAAGAAGCUCUUGCUGGCUCCAGCCAACACUCAGCUAAAUUACAAUGAAUGCAGUGGUCUCAGCACACAAAACCAUGCAAACACUAAUCACAGGAUCAGAACAAGCCCUGUGGUUGUUAAGACUGAGAAUUCAUGGAGCAAUAAAGCGAAGAGCAUUUGUCAACAGCAAAAGCCUCAGAGACGUCCCUGCUCUGAACUUCUGAAAUAUCUGACUACGAAUGAUGAUCCUCCUCAGACCAAACCAGCAGAGAACAGGAACAGCAGCAAAGAGAAAUGCACCUCCAAAAGGAAGCCCCAUCUGCAGUCUCAGACAAAUCAUCUGCAGGCCAAACCAACAAGUUUAUCACUUCCAUUGACACCCGAGUCACCAAAUGAUCCCAAGGGUUCCCCAUUUGAGAACAAGACUAUUGAACAAACCUUAAGUGUGGAACUCUCUGGAACUGCAGGCCUAACUCCACCUACGACCCCUCCUCAUAAAGCCAACCAAGAUAAUCCUUUUAGGACUUCACCUAAACUGAAGUCAUCAUGCAAGACUGUUGUACCACCUUCAAAAAAGCCCCGCUAUAGUGAGUCUUCCGGUUCUCCAGGAAAUAACCCAAUCAAGAAGGGUCCAGACCAGUCUGAGCUGUACACACAGCUUGGCAAGACUACAGUACUGUCCAGUGGACAUGAGGAGAGAAAGACAAAACGGCCCAGUUUGCGGCUGUUUGGUGACCAUGACUACUGUCAAUCUGUGAAUUCAAAAUCGGAAAUACACAUUAAAAUAUCCCAGGAACUUCAGGACUCCAGACAACCAGAAUUUAAGGAUUCUUCACCUGGGUGGCAGUGUCAGAUUUGUUCUUCUUUAGAACAAGACCAGUAUUUCAAGAAAGAGACUUUACAGACAAAUAAGCAGGGAUCCCAUGGUAAUAACAGAAAACAGCUCCAAGACCAGGAAAUUCGGGCUGAACUGAAUAAGCAUUUUGGUCACCCCAGCCAAGCUGUUUUUGAUGAAGAAGCAGAUAAGAGCAGAGAACUAAGGGACAGUGAUUACAGUAAUGAACAAUUCUCCAAACUACCUAUGUUUAUAAAUUCAGGACUAGCAAUGGAUGGUCUGUUUGAUGACAGUGAAGAUGAAAGUGAUAAACUAUGCUACCCUUGGGAUGGGACACAAGCCUAUUCAUUAUUUGAUGUAUCACCUUCUUGCUCUUCUUUUAACUCUCCAUGCAGAGAUUCAGUGUCUCCACCCAAAUCCUUAUUUUCUCAAAGAUCCCAAAGGACACGCUCUAGAUCAAGGUCCUUUCCUCAACGCAGGUCUUGUUCCCGUUCUCCAUAUUCCCGAUCGAGAUCAAGGUCGCCCUGUAGUAGAUCCUCUUCAAGAUCUUGUUGCUAUUGUGAGUCCAGCCACUGUAGACACCGAGCAUACAGAAGUUCUCCCUUAGGUGGAAGAUCGCGGUCCAGAUCACCGUACAGUCGCAGACCCAGAUAUGACAGCUAUGAGGAAUAUCAGCAUGAAAGGCUGAAGAGGGAAGAAUACCGCAAAGAGUAUGAAAAACGGGAAUCUGAAAGGGCCAAGCAAAGAGAGAGACAGAGGCAGAAAGCAAUUGAAGAACGUCGUGUGAUUUAUCUGGGUAAAAUCAGACCUGACACAACCCGAACAGAACUGAGGGACCGGUUUGAAGUUUUUGGUGAAAUUGAGGAGUGCACAGUAAAUUUGCGGGAUGAUGGAGACAGCUAUGGUUUCAUCACCUACCGCUAUACUUGUGACGCCUUUGCUGCUCUUGAAAAUGGAUACACUUUACGCAGGUCAAACGAACCUGAUUUUGAGCUGUACUUCUGUGGACGCAAGCAGUUUUGCAAGUCUAACUAUGCAGACCUAGAUUCAAACUCAGAUGAUUUUGAUCCUGCUUCUACUAAAAGCAAGUAUGACUCCAUGGAUUUUGAUAGUUUACUCAAAGAGGCACAGCGGAGCCUGCGUAGGUAACAAGCAUGUCAUCCGAGGAAAACAAUGGGAUGGCAAAUACCUCACGGACAACACGUCCUUCAAUAAUGGACAACUACAAAGUCGUACUUAGGAAUUUCUCCUACUUUACACUCUCUGUUCAAAACCAUGGUUUACAUGAACACAGCUGCUCGAGGAGUGGAGGGGCAGGAUGCUGCCCAGUAAGCACACGCGUGUCCAUGGGUGUCAGCUGCGCUUUCGCGGGGGAGCCGCGCGUUCCUGGCAUUGCGAGUUCAAUGCAAAUCACGAGACAUGGCAGCAGUUCCACAGAGAUACACGAACAACGAUGAACUGCAAAAGCUGUACAUAUUGCAUUUUAACAAAAAAAGAACAAAAACAAACAGAAAAAAACCCCAGUGUGAGAACUAUGGCUGCUGAUGUCUGGGGAUCAGACACUGCAUUUUUUUUUUUUUUUUGUAAAGAAGCUUCUUCUCACGGUGAUAAUAUGACAAUCCAGAAGAAACCACAGGUCCCAGAAGCCUGCAAUCUGUCUUAGCUUUGUUUUAAGAUUGUACUUUUUUUGCUUGGUUUGUUUUUGGGUUUUUUUGUGGUUUUUUUGGAGUUUUUUUUAGAAAAGAAAAUUAAAAGGCUCAAGCUUCCCUAACAUUUUGAAGUUUCAUCUUUUAAUUCUGACACCCAUGUAAAUGUCUACAACAUUGAUCUUCCACAGCAAAAUUUUCAAAGCCUUGUUAAUGGUCAAAUGUGCAGCUUGUUCAGCGAUUUAUUCUAAUGAGCGGACGUGGUGUUACAUUAUUAAUGAGAGUUGGAUAUAACUAUCUGGGUGUGUGCACAGAUAGUUUAUUUGCUACAUUCUCUAAAGUAGUUGAGUAUUUACAAAUGUUAAAUGGAGUAUUUUUAUUUAUGUACAUACUGUAUGACGAUGUUCUUUUUUGUUACAGCUAUGCACUGUAAAUGCAGCCUUCUUUUCAAAAACUGCUGAAUUUUUCUUAAUCAAGAAUACUCAAAUGUAAUUAUAUGAGGUGAAACAAUUAUUGUACACUAACAUAUGUAGAAAGCUGAACUUAUGCUUAUAUAUAUUUGAUUGUAAAAACAAAGAGAAAAGCGUGUGGGUGAGGGUGUGAGUGUGCAUAUGUGUGCAUGUGUGUCUGAGUGCAAAAAUGCAUUAUACACAUUCAUCCCUUCUUUGGUGAGCUUAUAUAAGAAUUUUGUCAAGAAUUAUCCUAGCCCAAAAGAUAUGAACCACCUUCUGCAGUAUUUUUCCACAUUUUUCUCAUUGCUUGAUUUUCUUUUGCAGUUUUAUACACUGAAUUUGUUAGGGGAAUGAAAUUUUCUCAUCUAAAUUUUUCUAGAAAAUAUCAUAAUUUUAUGUAAAGUCUCUCAAAUGGGUAAUCAUUAAGAAAUGUUUUUAUUUUAUGUAUCAACAGUAGUUUUGGAACUAGAGGUCAAAAAUCUUUUUAAAAUGCUAUUUUGUUUUAAUUUUUGUGAUUUUAGUUUGAUAAUAAUAUGCUGAGGUACUAAGUACAGUAUGAUUUUUACUGUAAUUCUGUGUCUAACCACUGUUCUUGAAGCCAGUAAUCUUUUCAUUGGCAGAGUUUAAUGAUGGUAUUUAUCUAUAUUUUUUACAGUUAUGCAUCCUGUAUAAAUACCAAUCCUUCAUUCCUUUGUUUACUAAAGAGACAUAUUUAUCAGUUAUAAUUAUCCUAUUUAUUAUAAAUUAUGAGAUGACUAAAAGAAUAAAAAGGCCAGUGGAAAUUUUAUACCUAGGAUGCAUGAUGGUUGUCAGUUUGGAGUAAGCAAGUGCUUUGUUUGGAAAUUCCGCUUUUGCAGAAGCAGUGGGUUGGUUUUGGUUUUUCUUCCUUUUUUUUUACUAUGCACUAGCAUGGCCUCAAAUGUGCCGAUGACAUUGUUGCUGAUGACAUUGCUUCUGUUAAAUUAAAUAGAAAUUUCAGGAAAGAAAAAAACCACAAGAGUAUAAACUACUGCUAUUCUGAGCAUCAGAAUUUCAUCUGAACUCGGAGUCUCUACUGAAUCAGCAAAGUUUGGAAUUUGCUUGUGAAUGUAUAGAUUUCUUAUUCUAUUACUCUUUGGCAUUCAUGACUCCUCUUAAAGGUAUGGCACACCUAACUAUUUAAUCUAUCUUCCCACUCCAAAUCUUAAAAAACUGAUUCUACCCCCAUACCAGUGCAGUUGAUUUUGAUGGCUGCAUUCAUUUUAUCACCAGCAUAUUGUGUUCUGAGAGAUUCCACUGUCUGUCCUGUCGGAUGCUUGCUUGAUUUUUUGGCUUCUUAUUUCUCAGUAGAUAGAUAGCAAUAAAACAAAAAAAUAAAAAAAAGAAAAGAACUUUUCUGGAAGUUCUGUGUUACAAAUGUAACAUCCUUUACUCUGCAUAAUUCUUGUUGUUGCUCUGUAGGUUAAAAAUGCAGGUAUUUUAACUUUGUGUGAAUGCCAAACUAAAAGUUUACAGUUUUCCUUUCUGGAUUUUGAGUAUCUUCUGUUGUAAAGAAAAAUAUUAAAAGCAAUAAAUUAUUUUUAAGAAAUCAAUAUUUAGUAUAUCAUAUUAUGUGUUCAAGGACCAGAUGCAUUAUCUAUUUUGCCUUUACAUUUCUGUCAUUAAAUUUUAAAAUGUUCUCUUUUGCCCUAGAUUGCUGACAUUAAGAAAUUGGUGUGGGGUUUUUGUGGGGCAUUAUUUAUUUUUCACCAAGCAGGCAUAAUGAAGUGAGUCAAUUUUUUUUUUUUUUUCACUGGCCUGGCAAACAUUUUCAUCUUGAAGAUGACUUUCCUCUGUGGAUUUACAAAUUACAUAUGAAAUUAAUAGAUUGCUGAAUAAAGCUAUUUGGAUCUUUCAUAGACACUGUAGUAGGAAAUCCAUCAAAAUAUAAACUCAGUGUUUACUUUUCUUGUUUUCUUCCCCAAGAACAUUUCAAAUUAGCACAUGUACCACAUUGUCACCAGUGGCAAAUUGCAGUAUAGCUCUGUGUGUUUUUUAUAAGAAGACCAUACUGUUGCUUUCAUGCUGUGGUAAGUACCACAUCCACAAUACAGGUAACAGAACUGGUACUUAGGAACUGUGGUCUUUCCUAGAGCUGUAACUGAGUAAUUCCUACAGAAUGGAAAAUUAUCUAAAUACUAAUCCAAACAGAGGGAGCCUAAAGUUGAAGAAAAAUAUCUGUGCUAAAGUACUCUGAAAAGCAGUUGGGCUGCCAUCACAAAUAGCAGCACUGAGAGGAAAGUUUGUGCCUCUGGGGUAAUAAUACUUGGGUCAGUUGAAAAAAAAAAA